AUGGCAAACGAUGGCGAUGCUGGUUCGGCCACCAGCGACCUGCCUCUGCGCGGCGUAACCAGCAGCAAUUCGAAUGCUGAACCUUUCGACAUCGUGGCGACCUACUACCGCCUCCUCGCCGAGGACUCCGACCUCACCAUGCCCAUGGCAGCCAUUGAGGCCCUGAUCGAGUUUCUGGGCCACAACCAAGUCAAGACCGUCUUCGAGACUAUUGAUCUCGUCAAGAUGCAGAGCACCAAGCUGCAGUUGGGCGUCCCCAACCCCAUCGCCCUGUCCCACGGCACCGACCUGUUUCAGCAGUACCUCAUCAUGCAGCUGAAGCAGCCUAAUGCGCCGGGCGGCGCCGCGGCGGCCAAGGACGAUAACAUCAACAAGGACCCCGACGCCCGCUUCGAGGAGACGCGCCAGAGCCUGCUCCGCAACGGCCGCCUGUUUGCCGCCCGCGCCAAGAACGGCCGCGAGCGCAUCGCCGUCAACGCCCGCCGCUACAUCGAGGACGGCGCCACCAUCCUCACCCUCGGCGGCAGUCGCGUCGUCGGCACCCUGCUCGGCCGCGCCGCCGAGAAGCACGACUUUGGCCACUUUAUCGACGAGCCGAUCCGCUUCCGCGUUAUUUACGCCAUGGACCCGGCCCUCGAGGUCGAGAGCAACAAGGUGGUCGCGGCCCUGCGCGCCAAGGGCGUCUCAGUGGCCACGAUCCCCCUGAGCGCCGUUGCCUUUGCCAUGCAAAAGGUCGACAUGGUGGUUGUGGGCGCCGAGGCCGUGACGGCCAAUGGCGGUGCCAUCUCGCGCCUCGGCACGCUCCAGGUCGCCCAGCUGGCCAAGGCCGCCCGCCCGCAAAAGCCCUUUUACGUCGCCGCCGAGCAGCACAAGUUUGGCAAGACACUCCCGCUAAACCAGUUUGACUUUGGCCAGUUUGUCCGCAACUUUGACCAACAACUCCUCGAUUUCCAUGCCAGCAAGAAGGAAGAGGGCGCCGAGGCAAAGCCGCGGCCCAAGCCCCUGGAGAGCCCAGUCGACUACACGGCACCUGAUUACAUUGACGCAUUCUUCUCCGACCACAAGGUCCUGACGCCUAUCGAGGUGGCGAAGGAGGUAAUUGACAUGCUGAUGUAG